AUGACUUUCAGAUUGACCAAUUUGUUUAGGAGUUUUUCUAAAUUGGAUUAUUCGGUACGUCGUCAUGUGUCUCAGUAUUAUCCCAUAGAUGAGCAUAUUUUUGGACUCACUGAUGAUCAGAUACAGUUGAGAGACACGAUAUUCAAUUUUGCCCAAAGGGAGCUGGCACCUUUAGCAACAGAAAUCGAUAGGAAGAAUGUCUUCGAAAACUUGAGGUCUUUUUGGAGGAAACUUGGUGAUUUGGGCACAUUGGGCAUAACUGUCAAUCCCGAAUAUGGAGGAACUGGUGGAACAUAUUUGGACCAUGUAAUAAUCAUGGAAGAAUUGUCCAGGGCUUGUGGGGCUAUAGCUCUCAGCUAUGGAGCACAUUCAAACCUCUGCGUGAAUCAAAUACACAGGAAUGGAAACGAAUCACAGAAAAACAAGUAUUUACCAAAACUUUGCACAGGAGAACACAUGGGAGCUCUGGCGAUGUCUGAGCCAGGAUCAGGUUCUGAUGUGGUAUCCAUGAAACUAAGAGCUGAGAAGAAAGACGACCACUAUGUUCUCAACGGCACCAAAUUUUGGAUAACCAAUGGUUCAGAUGCUGAUGUUCUAGUUGUGUAUGCCAGGACAGAUCCAAAGUCGAAACCUCAGCAUGGUAUCACGGCUUUCAUAGUAGAAAAGGGUUAUGACGGAUUCAAAACGGGACAAAAACUGGAUAAGCUCGGAAUGAGAGGGUCCAGUACAUCAGAGCUAAUCUUCGAGGACUGCAAAGUGCCCAAAGAAAACGUGCUAGGAACCGUGAAUAAGGGUGUUUAUGUCCUCAUGAGUGGUUUGGAUUUAGAACGUUUAGUAUUGGCAGCUGGUCCAUUAGGAAUUAUGCAAGCUUGUUGUGACAUCGCCUUCUCUUAUGCGCAUGUCCGGAAGCAAUUCAACUCGAAAAUUGGACAAUUUCAACUAAUUCAGGGUAAACUUGCAGACAUGUACACCACUAUGAGUGCAUGUAGGAGUUAUUUAUACAGCGUUGCCAGAGCUUGUGAUAAUAAAAAAGUGAACCGGAAAGACUGUGCAGGUGUCAUUCUUUACUGUGCAGAAAAUGCUACUAGAAUGGCAUUGGAUGCUAUACAAAUUUUAGGGGGCAACGGAUAUAUAAACGAUUAUUCUACAGGACGUUACCUAAGAGAUGCAAAAUUGUAUGAAAUUGGGGCUGGAACUUCAGAAAUAAGAAGACUGUUAAUAGGAAGGACAAUUAACUCCGAAUAUGAAUAA